GUGUGGGUGCGUUGUGCUCCCGCUGCCACCACCAUCCGAGUCCAGCAAAGCGUCUCGGAGGUGUCAGAGUCGCAGAGAGCGAAAAGUGCGAGUAGCCGUCGAGUAGCCCGUGUACGUAGCGUAGCGAACAACCGUCUGCGCGAUGUCCGCUGCAGAGCUCAAGUCGCUAGUCAAAGCCUUGCACGGCGCCUCGACCGAUGAGGAGACGGUCGGUGUCCUCAAGACGCUCAAGCAGGAGACGAAGAUCACAGAGGCCGUUCUCAGGGAAAGCAAAGCCGGUCUCGCAGUCGGAAAACUUCGCACACACGCCUCCAAAGACGUAGCAGACCUCGCAAAAGAAAUCGUGAAGAAAUGGAAGCACGAGGUAGAAAAGGAAAAGCAAGCCAAAGGCGGCGACGCCAAAGCAUCCUCGACCGGCAAGCCACAGGCGAUGCGAAAGGCAUCCACCGCGUCUACGACAGCAUCCACUGCCCGCUCUGCUCCGUCCCGAACACCCUCGACACCCAUGACCCCGUCCGCAUCCUUCAAGGGCGAGGUGCGCAACGCGAAGUCUGACGGUGUCAAGAUGGACGUCACCGGCGACAAGACGCGCGACAAGUGCAUUGAGAUCAUCUACGAUGCCCUCGCCUCCGACUCGGGUGCCCCGAUCGAACUGAUCAUGUCGCGCGCGAAAGCGAUCGAGGCUCUGGUGUUGUCCGAGUUCGGCGGCACGACGGCGGCGUACAAGAGCAAGCUCCGCUCGUUCUUCGUCAACCUCAAGGACAAGAACAACCCGACCCUGCGUGAGAGCGUCGUCAGCGGCGACCUGCCUGUCCAGCGGUUCUGCAAGAUGUCGAGCCAGGAUAUGGCAUCGGAAGAGCGGAAGGCAGCAGACAACAAAAUCAAAGAGGAGAACCUGCACAAGGCCCUUGGUGCCGAGGAAGUGCAAGCUGAGACGGAUGCGUUCCAAUGUGGUCGUUGCAAGCAGAGGAAGUGCCGCUACCGUCAAGCACAGACACGGAGUGCUGAUGAACCGAUGACUACAUUCGUAACUUGUACUGUCUGUAACAAUAGGUGGAAGUUCUCGUAAAGCCGCUCAUAAUCCUCCGAGCCUAAUCCCGUCGCAUUGCUACUCCUGCUCCGCUUAUCCCGGUGUAUUAUCGCUACUGCUAUCCCGCCUUCUGGUCGACACGGCUCGCCGCGUCGGCGCAGAGCCGCGCCCCGCCGAUCUGUUGCCGUUUUAACUAUGGCUUCCUAGUAUCAACUUCCGUGUAUGUGUCUUGUAGUCCGUUCACUUUUAUUCAGCUUGCGUUUCCGUCAUCCUCGCUACGUA